AUGUUGCUUCAACUCUCAAAACUCAAAAGUUUGAGGAAGUAUUCUUCAAUGAGAUUAUUUGCUCCAAGUAGAUUAGAGUUUUGGUUAUGUCCUUCCACCAUAAAAGCGAGGAGGGCUUUGGAUAUGAGGGUUUUGGUUAUGUCCUUCCACCAUAAGGCUCAUCCAAAUAAUACAAAUCUGCGUGAUGAUUCGUUUGAAGAUUUUGAAGAUUUAAGGACUAUAUUUGAACAAAAUACUGCAACUGGGCAGAAUGCUAUGGGACUAGGUGAUUCUGUUGAUGCACGAUCCUGUCCAUUUGAAGAAAACGAGAGGACAAAUAAUGAUUUUGUCCACGUGAUAGAUGAGGCAGAAGUAGUACCCCAGCAAACAUGUGAAGAUGAAGUUUUUUCUUCAUCAAGAAAAAGCAUUGGUGAAAAGCUUUCCCAUAGAAAGAAAGCUAGAACGGAUGCAUAUAACUCGGAAAAGGUUUGUGAGGAAGUUACAGAAAUCAGUAGCCAGAUUUUUGACAUGAUUCAGAAAAGAUGGAUGAAGGAGGCUGAAGAAAAAGAAGCUGAAGACAAAGCUAACAAUGUUUGGGAUGCUAUCAAGGAAAUUCCUGACUUGGAUGAUGAUUUGCGUUAUGAGGCGAUGACCCUUGUGCAUAGCUUAGGCAUGAAAUCUGGUUUCGUGAAUAUGUCCAUAAUAGAUCGGUGUGGAUGGAUUAAAAGAAAUCUUCGUAAACCAAGUGGCUGA